AUGGAUUGCAGAAACCUGGAAAUAACCGUGGUAUCAGCUAAAGACCUGGAAGAUGUACGCGUAUUUUUCGGGAAAACGGCAGUACACGCUAGGGUUUCCAUCAGCGGCAAAGCGGCGACGGCGACGGAGAGACGAACUCCGACGGACAGGCACGGUAAUAAGAACCCGGCCUGGAAUUUUACGACGAGCUACACCGUAACGGAGGCGAUGGUGCAGGGCUCUAGCAGGAUGCUUGUCGUGAAGCUGUACUGUGACAGCAACGCCGGUGACAUAUACAUCGGAGAGGUCCACAUCUCCCUCCGGGAGCUUUUCGAAAGUGCCACGGUUAACAGCCAGGCUGGAUUAAAUGAGAAAGGUGGCAGUGUUGGCGGCGGCGGCCCCCGUAGCGCGGUGAUGAUUUCACCUGUGAUGAAGGGUGGCGUUCAGUCGCUGGGGUCUCUGACAAUUGCUUACAGCUUCGGUGAGAUGGUGACCAUCGAUAACGUGUUGAUGUCCGAGACUAUUGCUCCCUUGUUGCUUCAGCGCCGCCUCUAG